ACGGGGCAGCAGGCGGACCGGGACAUUAGACACCCGCACAGUCCACAUGGAAUCAGGAUCGCUGGAGGAACAGAGUUUGUAACGAGAAAGAGAGAGAGAGAGAGUUGUGGAUCCCUACAAACUCCUGCGCAACGGAAAGUACACAGCACCGGAGCGACCCUGUUGGCCGGGGUCGCCCUCUCUUUUUUCCCCCUCUUACCUUCUCGUGGAAAGCGCGAGCGAACUGGACGCAUUGACCACUUGUUGGAAGUAAUCGCCUGAAUUUUGGGAUUUAUCUCCGGUUUAAUUGUUUUUACAAGCCAGAGAGGACUUACAUGGCCCGAGGAAGAAGAUAAAGCAACAACAGCAACUAAGAUAGUGAGAACGCAGCGAAGGGGUUCUUUGGAGUCUACAUGACUUUUUGAGCAGCCCGAGCGCAGUGCUGAAGAUCUUCACCACCAUGGGGCGACUUAUGAUAGCUGCCAUCCUUUGUGUCAUGCUCAGCCAGGGUUUUUGUUCUGGAGUCUUUGAGUUAAAGCUGCAGGAGUUUCUCAACAAGAAAGGAAUAACAGGCAACACGAACUGCUGCAAAGGAGCGGCGGCGUCUGGGAUCCAGCAGUGCGAGUGCAAAACGUUUUUCAGGGUCUGCCUGAAACAUUACCAAGCCAACGUAUCCCCGGAGCCUCCGUGCACGUACGGCGGAGCUGUUACUCCCGUGCUCGGAUCCAACUCCUUCCAAGUUCCCGAGAGCGCCUCGGACUCUUUCACCAACCCAAUCCGUUUCCCUUUCGGAUUCACGUGGCCGGGCACGUUCUCGCUCAUUGUUGAAGCCCUGCACACCGAUUCCGCUGAGGAUCUGUCAACCGAAAACCCAGAGCGUUUGAUCAGCCGCAUGACCACCCAGCGGCACCUCACGGUUGGAGAGGAGUGGUCCCAAGACCUCCAAGUGGCUGGGAGAACGGAGCUGAAGUACUCGUACAGAUUUGUGUGCGAUGAGCAUUACUACGGCGAGGGCUGCUCCGUCUUCUGCCGCCCACGUGACGACGCCUUCGGCCACUUCACCUGCGGAGAGCGCGGGGAGAUCAUCUGCAACUCGGGCUGGAAGGGGCAGUACUGCACUGAACCAAUCUGUCUCCCGGGCUGUGAUGAGGAGCAUGGCUUUUGCGACAAGCCUGGCGAAUGCAAAUGCAGAGUUGGCUUCACUGGAAAGUACUGUGAUGAUUGUAUUCGCUAUCCCGGCUGUUUACAUGGAACCUGCCAGCAACCGUGGCAGUGCAACUGCCAAGAGGGCUGGGGUGGUCUGUUCUGCAACCAAGACCUGAAUUACUGCACACAUCACAAACCAUGUGCUAAUGGGGCCACUUGCACCAACACUGGCCAAGGCAGCUACACCUGCGCCUGCAGGCCUGGCUUCACGGGAGCAAGCUGUGAGAUUGAGGUCAAUGAGUGCUCCGACAACCCCUGCAGGAAUGGAGGAAGCUGCACUGAUCUUGAGAACACAUAUAACUGUGCAUGUCCUCCUGGCUUCUAUGGAAGAAACUGCGAGCUAAGUGCCAUGACUUGUGCUGAUGGGCCCUGUUUCAAUGGUGGACGCUGUGCCGACAAUCCUGACGGAGGAUAUUUCUGUCAGUGUCCCACGGGAUAUGCUGGCUUCAACUGUGAGAAGAAGAUUGACCACUGUAGCUCCAACCCCUGCUCAAAUGGUGCCCAGUGUCUAGAUCUUGUGGAUUCCUAUCUCUGCCAAUGUCCAGAGGGUUUCACAGGAACACACUGUGAUGACAAUAUCAACGAGUGCGCUAGCUACCCAUGUCAGAAUGGAGGUACUUGCCAGGAUGGUCUCAAUGACUACACCUGCACCUGCCCACCUGGAUACACCGGCAAGAACUGCAGCUCACCAGUCAACAAGUGCGUGCAUAACCCAUGCCACAAUGGUGGCACCUGUCACGAAAGGGACCACCGCUAUGUGUGUGCAUGUAUUCCUGGAUACGGAGGACGUAACUGCCAGUUCCUGCUCCCCGAACAUCCUCACGGACAGCCCGCUGUGGAAGGACCCGACAAAAGGUACUCCGAUGACGAGGAUGAUAACGAGUUUCCUUGGAUGGCGGUCUGUGCUGGGAUUAUUCUGGUGCUUUUGCUCCUCCUCGGCUGCGCUGUCCUGGUCGUGUACAUCCGCUUAAAAGUGCAGCAGAGGAGCCAGCAAAUGGAAAGCCAUAAUGAAAGCGAGACCAUGAACAACCUGACCACCAACUGCAGCCGGGAGAAGGACUUGUCCGUCAGCAUUAUAGGCACCACGCAGGUGAAGAACACCAACAAGAAAGUGGACUUCCAGAGCGAGGCAGCCGCUGUGGAAAAGAACGGCUACAAGUCUCGCUAUUCAUUAGUGGAUUAUAAUCUUGUUCACGAACUAAAGCAGGAGGACUUGGGGAAAGAAGACUCUGAGAAAAGCGAAACGAAAUGUGAAGCUCUUGACCCGGAGUCAGAAGAAAAGCACAGGAAACAUUUAAAAAGUGAGACUUCAGAGAACUGUUCAGAGUCUGUGUGCAAAGACACAAAGUACCAGUCUGUCUUCGUAAUAUCAGAAGAAAAGGAUGAAUGUAUUAUCGCAACUGAGGUGUAACGCCACCAGUGCUCGUCUUGCUCUACGGGAGGUUUUACUCCAGUAAAUGCUGCUCAAACCAGAGGGAAGGUUUCCUUCAUGUGACUGCUGCUGUGGGGACUUAUGUUGAUGGUGAUAUUCAGAAUGAGCUGGUUCUCAACUGAAGUAAGCACAGUGACUGCAGAAAAAGGAUGUUGGGCCAUACUGGCUCGCGCUCUCAAAGUUUGUUUCCCAGGAACGUGCCAAACGGACUUGUUGCACUUCCUGUAGGGAGAGUUAUUCUUUUACCUCAUUGCACUACGGAGGGUUGCUUUUUAAAUAAUGUAUUUAACAUUCACAUUAAGUGAUUACUGUGUAUGAGUAUGCACUGACUGCAGUGUCUAUGUUUAAAUUCUCUGAUCCAUUGUGUAGGCAGAGGAAAAACGCCGCCAUCACAUCCUGAUAGAUAUUUGAAAAGCUGUAUUCUUUUUUUUUUAUUUAAAUGUUAUUUGUGAUUCAGUUGUUUGUGUUUUUUAUUUUGUGAAGUUAUGUUUGAUAUAAUUUAAUCUUUUCCUCAUUUUCGCAAAUUUGUAUAUUGUAUAUAAGGCACUUCGGGUCUUUGUGACUGUUUUCCUACAGUAAUGUAUUUAAAUGUGUUAUGGGAAUUGUUUUAUACGUGUUCCUCAUGAAGAA